UAGGCGCUGGUUGGCAGUCGGCGCGCGAACAUGUGCGAAAGAAGUUGAAAUAACAUUGGUUCUUCGGUUGACAAUUUACUGCUUUGUCUCUGACUCCCGGGGCUUGGAAUACAAUUUCGCGCUUCGUUCCGUGUGUUACACGCCAUGUACACCGAGUGACUUAUUAGUGUUAUAAAUGUAAAUUAUUGGAAGAGAUGUCGAACAAGGAACCUUCGCCCACACUAAAGAGACUGAGACUUUCUGUGGAAUGAAAAUUCGUAUAUCAUCAUGCAUAUAGGCUUUGUAGCCUUCUGUUUCAUCCUAGGGAUCGUGAAUGUUUUUGGCGGUCGUGUUUUUGAUGUAACGGCGAUCCCGUUAGAGACUGUGCUUUCUGAGGCGGGUUCCAACGUGACUCUUACGUGUCCAGGAGUGACGGAACACUCCUUGGUUCUUAUGUUAGAAUGGCGUUCUCACAUAAAACUUGUGGAAUACAUGAGUGACAGUACAACCGUAUGGGAACACAGACAUCGUAUUACGUUACUCCCGGACACAUUUGGGCUUCAUUUUCAUCCCGUGACUGCAGAGGACAGCGCCGAAUACAGCUGCCUAGUCAACAAUCGCCCGAAACCGGAAGCCAUCGUCAGACUCAUCGUACAAGAUGUCCCGGAUCCUCCUGGAAGGCCCCUCAUAAUGGGUUUCACGUCCCGCUAUGUGAAUUUAUCGUGGGCACCGUCUCAGGACACACAUAACAGCCCCAUCUCUCACUACGUCAUCCAUGUAAGAGUUGGCGAGGACGGAGACUGGGGAGUGAACAGCGGUAUCGAAACGCAGAAUAAUGAAACGAACUACCAGGUUUCGGGGCUUUACCCCUUCACCGUGUACAGUUUCCGUGUGGCUGCUGUAAAUGCAAUGGGCCGGAGUAGACCCAGCAAGGAGUCUUACUACAUGGUGACGUUGCGAGAAGUGCCCGACGGGAAACCGACCAUCACCACGGCCCAGAACACCAGCGCCACGUCACUGCACAUCAGCUGGCGCCCUCCGCACCGCGACACCAUUCACGGCGAAUUCCUUGGUUACCGCAUCGAGUACCGACCUCGGGACCGUGGGCCAGAGGCUGUCAAGGAGAUAUACAUCCGCGAUUCGAACGUUGACAGCCACACUAUCCAGAAUUUGGAAACUUACACACAGUACCGUGUCUCUCUCCAAGUGUUCAACCCAGAAGGACCUGGACCGAGUACAACGGUGCUAGUGAUGACAGAUGAAGGCGUACCAAGUAAGCCUCUGAAUGUAACAGUCCUGCGCGUCACUCAUUCAUCCAUCGAGCUGUCAUGGAAUAAACCAGAACCACCCAAUGGCCAGAUCAUUGGAUACCGCCUGUACUAUAUGCAUGCCAACUAUACUGACGUGAAGACUAUUCGCAAGACAGACCCUCACAUUGAAUUUAUUCUCCAAGAUCUGAAACCAUACACCGAAUACAAGAUAUGGUUGAAAGCUUUCACUUGGAAGAAUGAAGGCGAUCCUUCAGAAGCCAUCCGCCAUAAGACAGAUAUAAGUGGUCCGAGUGCUCCGCGCAUUGUGAAUCUAACUUGCCAAUCUCACGAUACACUUUACCUUCAGUGGCAGCGUCCACAAGAAUACUUCGGAGUUAUUGACCGAUAUAUUAUUUUAUAUCGUGAUGAGAGGUCCAUGGAGUUUGAAGAGUUGGUUAUUUCAGCAUUAGCAGAUCAUCCAGAACCUUCGAUGGUGAUACCGAACCUUACCGUUGACACAGUAUAUGAGAUUAAAUUGCGUGGAGUUUCGCAUAGCAUCAUUAGCCGUGAAGAUGUGCUGGGCCAGAUGUCCGAACUACGGAAGGUGCACGUUCAACCAAAUUGUGACAAGAUUCAGAACUUCAAGCAGAGCAGUACAAAGGAAUUGAGUGCAGGGAUGAUCGCUGGUGUCGUGUGCGCCUCUUUUGCCCUGUUAUUGGCAGUGGUCGCUUUUAUACUCUGGAGGAAAUGUUUCCACGCGGCAUAUUAUUACCUCGAUGAUCCUCCACGAGCACCUCCACCGACGCUGGUUGACUGGGAUGCCAGAGCAGAGAAUGGCGGUGUUAAAACAGCCAUUCCUGUUCACUUGUUCUCAAAACACGUGUCUGAACUUCAUGCGGAUGGAGACAUUGGCUUCAGCAAGGAAUACGAAUCAAUUCAGGCAGCUUCCACACAAGAAGAAUAUCCAUCAGAACAUUCGCAGCACCCUGACAACAAGCAGAAAAAUCGCUAUCUGAAUAUAUUAGCAUAUGAUCACAGCCGAGUGCAGCUACUGCCAGUUCCUGGACAGAAACGGUCCAUUGAUUAUGUCAAUGCCAACUACAUCGAUGGUUUCCAGCGAUCACGGGCAUACAUUGGUACUCAGGGACCACUUCCUGCAACAUUUGAUUGUUUCUGGCGCAUGGUUUGGGAACAGCGUGUGGCAAUCAUCGUGAUGAUUACUAAUCUUGUGGAGCGUGGAAGGGAAACUCUUAAAAGACAGCCUAAGCUUGCAUCCCAAUGUCUGGAGAGAAAAUGUGAUAUGUAUUGGCCUAAAGAAGGGGUGGAAACUUAUGGAGUGAUACAAGUGAAGUUGGUGAAGGAGGAUGUUAUGGCAACGUACACAGUUCGCACUCUACAGAUACGACACCUACGGGUGAGCAGCCACAACUGUAUCAGAAUUAAGAAAAAGAAGCAAGUCAUGGCUGAACGUUUCGUAUAUCAAUAUCACUACACAAACUGGCCAGAUCAUGGUACUCCUGAUCACCCAUUGCCAGUUCUCAGUUUUGUGAAGAAGUCAUCAGCUGCCAGUCCUGUGGAUGCUGGCCCAAUCAUUGUCCACUGCAGUGCUGGUGUUGGCAGAACAGGUACCUAUAUAGUUCUAGACGCGAUGUUAAAGCAAAUCAGAAGCAAGGGAGAAGUGAACAUUUUUGGAUUUUUGCGCCAUAUUCGCACACAACGUAACUUCCUGGUCCAGACAGAGGAGCAGUAUAUAUUCAUCCAUGACGCACUACUUGAAGCAAUUGAGAGUGGCGAGACAAAUAUCAAUCAAGCUUAUCUUUCACGCUACAUUCACAGUCUGCAAGCCAGCGAUGCCCUCGAAGAAAAAACAGAACCGUGGAAAAUGCUUGAGACCCAAUUUAAGCUUGUAACAUCAUUCCAGCCAAAGGAUUUUAACCUGAUUUCUGCCAACAAACCGUGCAACCAACUGAAAAAUCGUACAUUAGAUCUUUUACCGAUAGAAAGUGGCAGGGUUCAUCUAACUCCAAAACCUGGAGUUGAUGGGAGUAACUACAUAAAUGCUACAUGGUUUCAAGGUUUCCACAAGUUGCGAGAAUUUAUAAUCACUCAGCAUCCACUUGAAGCGACUGCACAAGAUUUCUGGCAGAUGGUUUGGGAUCAUAAUGCGCAAACUAUUGUCAUGCUCUCCAGUUUAGAUGACCAGGAAUUUGGCAUUUUCUGGCCAGUAGCACAUGAAGAAAUGGAAGCAGAAAAUUUUAGAGUGAAAUUUGUAGAGGAAGCUGAUCAUGGUGGCUACAUUACACGUGAUUUCACACUUCAGUCACUGCAGGAUGACUAUGAACUAGCAGUACACAUGAUACAUUGUGCUAAUUGGCCACACAGCUGUAGUCCCAUCAUUUCCUUGUUUGAACUCAUCAACCUAGUCCAGGAAUGGCAUCUUGAAUAUCAAAAUGGGCCCAUUAUAGUGAUGGACAGGUAUGGAGGAACGGAAGCAGCCGUUUUCUGUUGUCUUACAACACUAAACAAGCAGCUAGAGUAUGAAAAUCAUGUGGAUGUAUACAUGUAUGCCAAGCUGUAUCAUAACAAGCGUCCAGGGAUCUGGAAGUGUCAGGAUGAUUAUCUCCUUCUCUACCGUGCCCUGGAGGCAGUGGCUAGCAGUGUGACAAACACGAUCCCCCCUCCACCGCCUGCCCCCACGCCUGCCCCCCCAGAUUUGUACCUUACAGCAAAUGGUCACAUCAAUGGGUUUGUCGGCAAUGGAAAUGGGCCGGGCCAAGGAAACGGGAGUGUACGGGUGCCUCCAGAAGGCAUGGAGGCAGGAAUAGGUGGACGUGAUGCACUUGCUUAAGGUGUUCUUGGGCAAUGUGUUUUUUCUGGUGAUAUAUUAUAGGUUAAUAGAAGACUUAAUUCAGUGAGGGACAAAGACCAUGUGUUAAAGCAUGGCUAUUUGCCAAAAAAAUAUUAAUAUAACAGUUUUUUAAAAAGUGUUCAGAAUUUCUUGAUGCCAGGAAGUCAUGUGGACCAUAAAGCAUUAUCUUACGUGACAAGUGCAGACAUGUGGAAAGUUGACAACGAUGUCAAAAAUGGGUGAUGUUUGGGAAGAAACCAAAUAUGUUGUUCAACAGAAAUAGUUGUCCAUUGGUGCAUUUAACCUUAGUGUUGCAUUUGUACGUAUGUAUAUCUUUGUGUAGUCACUUUGGUUUUUGUGUUUUGGAUGGCAUUGUGUGUGAUGUUGUGAAUCUCUUAAGGGAAUCCAGGUUUUCAUACGUCCCAUGAUUUGACAAUUAGGACACCUCCAUCGCAUACAAAAAAUAUAUAUAUAUCUAUAUAUGAAACACACAAUGUCUUUAUGUUUUGUUAGUGUUGUCACAACUCAUAAUCUGUGCACUGGGUUGCGUGUAUCGGUGAACUAGGUGUCUCACACCGACUGUACUUUAUUAGUCAUUUGUUGCAGUUAAAAAAUCUUGUAGUUUCUAGUCCAGGAAUGCUGGUGUGUGACAACGUUUUGGCUCAAUAAAGGGGUGGAAGUGCUAAGGAGGGGAAUGUGGGCCUGACUGGCUAUGACAGCCGUGGAAAUUGAUGAUGUAGCAUCGUUUUCUCAUGUUCAUAUUCAGAUGUAAGUUAACCAACAUCACUGUAGUCUUAUGUUAGAUGAUUGACUACAUAAUUCCUUAUCAGUAAUGAUUGGAGAACCAGAGAUGUUUAGAUGUAAACUUCUUACUUUCCACGAAAUAAGAACAUAAUUUCAUUUACUCAGUACAAAGUAUGUGUGAUUUAUGUUUGCCUAGUAUUCUUGUUCUUUCAUUAUGGUAGAAUUUUUUCUUCGCUGUUUUCGAUGGAACUGGAACCUGAUCUUAACUUCAUUUCCAUUUGAAUUAAGAGAGUACAAGUACAAAUGCAGUCUGUAUUCCAUAGCGAGACUCGCAUUCUGAACUAGCGACAGUCGAAGUGUAGUGGGAACACAUUCUAAACGUACAUCAUUGUGAACCAUCUCUUGAAUCCUGCCUACAUCUUAGCUCUGAUAUUAGAGUUUAUUAAGCAAUGUGACAAGAUAUCUUCACGUAACAUAUUUGAUAUACAGUUCAUUGUAUAAAAAGUACAAUUCAGCUUUUUAUAUUGGUGUUAACAAUCAAGUUGGGAAAUGAUACCAGGUCAGUGAAUUUAUUUUAGGAAGAUGCAUUUUUUUUGUCAUUUUCCUUCUGAGUGUUUUAUACUGUAUAUAGCUAUGUACAUACUGGUGGGUCUGAAUGCUGCAGUUCCCAAUGUCCAAGUGUUCCUAGAAUGAUCUGUUAUAGUCUCACUACAUGUUAAGAAAAGUGAAUUCAUUCCCCGUACAUUUGUACAGCCGUUUAAUGGUGUGUCAGUCGACUGUGACAGUGAACUUAUUCCAAUUUCAAGACAUGCUAAUAUAAUAAAAGGCUUUAUUUGUCAAAUAA